UUCAAGGUUUUACGCCGCCUAUGGAAGAUGACGAAAGUGUAUGAUGUCGUAAGAAUAAUCAUAUUAUGAUAAAAUAGUAUACAUAACGACUGCAUAAGUUGAGAUGUUUAGUUUUGAUUAAGAAGUCAACCUUUAAACAGUCAUAAUGGCUACAUAUUCUUUAAUCAAAAUAAUAUCACGUUUAUCUUCUUUGAGAUGGCAAACAUCAGUGAGACAUUAUGGUAACACUGCUAAUGUUUUCAUUGAACCACAAUAUCCUGGAAUUAAAAAUAAUUUUACAAAUCACCUAAAAUUUAUUAAUGUAAAUAAUUAUGAACCUAUUCCUAUAUAUAGAAUCCUAGAUACAACUGGACAAGCACAUUUUCUUCAAGAAAAUAAGUUGGAUGAUAAAACAAUGAUUAAAAUUUAUCGUGAUAUGGUAACACUCACUAUAAUGGAUAAAAUUAUGUACGAAUCACAACGACAAGGUCGUAUAUCUUUUUAUAUGACACAUACUGGAGAGGAAGCUAUUCAAAUUGGUUCGGCAUCUGCUUUAACAUUGCAAGAUGUGAUUUAUGCACAAUAUCGGGAAGCAGGUGUAUUACUUUGGCGUGGCUUUCAAAUUGAAAAAUUUAUGAAUCAAUGUUAUGGAAAUGUCGAAGAUGAAGGAAAAGGAAGACAAAUGCCAGUUCAUUAUGGAUCAAAAGAUUUAAAUUUUAUGACCAUAUCAUCUCCGUUAACAACACAGUUGCCACAAGCUGUAGGUGCAGCAUACGCAUAUAAAAGGGAAAAAAGAAAAUCAUGCGUAAUAUGUUAUUUCGGAGAUGGUGCGGCCAGUGAAGGAGAUGCUCAUGCAGCUUUUAAUUUUGCUGCUACAUUAGCAUGCCCAGUAGUAUUUUUCUGUCGCAACAAUGGUUAUGCUAUAUCAACACCUACGAAUGAACAAUAUAAAGGAGAUGGUAUUGCAGCAAAAGGACCGAGUUAUGGAAUUGAUACAAUUCGAGUAGAUGGGAAUGAUGUACUUGCUGUACAUUAUGCGACAAAAGCUGCUCGUGAUUUAUGCAUAAGCGAAGGAAAACCUGUUUUAAUAGAAGCAUUAACUUAUCGCGCUGGCCACCAUAGCACAUCUGAUGAUAGUACAGCGUAUAGAACCAACGAAGAAAUUUCUCUUUGGAAUAAUGCCGCACCGAUUCAAAGAUUUAAACGAUAUAUACAAUCUUUAGGUCUUUGGAAUCAAGAACAGGAAGAUGAUAUGCAAAAAAUGAUAAAGAAAGAAAUCUUAGAUGCUUUUUCUAAAGCAGAGAAAAAACCUAAACCUCAUUUGAAAGAAAUGUUUACAGACACUUACUGUAACAUGCCAGAACAUAUAAGAGAUCAAAUGCAUUCCAUGGAAGAACAUCUUGCAACAUAUCAAGAGCAUUAUCCAUUGAAAAAAUUUGCUUUAUAAAUUAUUUUUUGAUGAGAUAGUAAAAUGAUGAUUAUUUUGUUAUUAAUUAUA